CCGACCGUCCAUCUGCCCGCCGCCGCCGCGAUUGUGUGCGCGCCGUUGUUGUCGGUAGCCGCCGCCGCCGUCGUCGUACUCUCUCGCGAGCGCCUCGCGCAUUACCGCUACGGUACGCUCGACGAUCAGUUCAGUCAGCUCGGCCGCACAAGCUCGUCGUCGCCUUCGUCAGCGUUGUCGCACUCGUCAUCGUCGUCGUAGUCGUCGUCGACCGGUGUUUUGAAUUUUGCCUCUGCUCGCUGAAAAACAUCGUUCCAAUCGAAUUUGUUGUACAUUUUUUUUUCUCUCGUUCGCUCCCGACUAGGACGUGAGUUUCACUCCACAUGCGUUUUCCGACGAAUUUUUCCAUAUUAUAAUUUUAAUAUCCGCGCGGUAUAUACCACAAAAACCGCCUUCGGCACCGUUAUCAUAAUAAUAUAAUAUAUUUGUCGUGGAGAACCUGCGAAGACAUAUCGAAGAUCGCGCGACAAGAGAUAUUGGCCUCUUGGUGGGCAUAUUCCGUGUGACUACGAUGUUUCGCUUGCGGACCGUGUAAGCCACAGCGGACCGGAAUGUUUGCGACCAACCGCGUCUCGGCCACGUGGGCCCUCACGAUAUUGGCCGUGACCGCAAUGAUAAGGGCCCACUGCCCGUCAAAUUGCUCAUGUGACGACGAUACGCUGGUGGUGCUAUGCAAGGAGGGCAAUCUGGACGUGAUCCCAAUCACACUGAACCCGUCCAUCCAGAGACUGAUGCUCAUGUAUAACCGCAUCAAGAUCGUGGACGCAUCGUUUCAGUUUUACGGGGCACUGCAGUAUGUGGAUAUAUCGCACAACCACCUGGUGAACAUACCCAACAAAGGGUUCGAGGCCCAGGAGAAGCUCGUUGAGCUCCACCUAAAUCACAAUAAGAUCUCGUCAAUCAACAACAAGACGUUCAUCGGGUUGGCGUCACUAACCAUACUGAACCUGCGUGGCAACUAUCUGGAAGACCUGCCCGAUCGGCUGUUCGCAGCGCUGCCCAAACUCGAGGAACUCGACUUGGGCGCCAACCGCAUCACCCGCAUUGAUCCGGCCUCGUUCCAGGGCCUAACCCGACUUCGGGUUCUGUACUUGGAUGACAACCAGCUCCGAGCUAUACCCACGCCCGCAUUCAAGUUCCUAGGAAACCUUGCUGAGAUGCGCAUCGGCCUGAACGCGUUCACCACGCUGGACGAUGACUGUUUUGCGGGACUCGGCCGGCUGUCCGUGCUCGAGCUUACCGGCGCAGCGUUGAUCAACAUCAGUACCAAUGCUUUCAAAGGACUAACCGUACUCAGGCGACUGGUGCUAACGGACAACCGGCUGUCAGCCAUACCCACCAAACAGUUGUCUGACCUGAAUCGGUUGGAAGACCUGUGUGUGGGGCAGAACGACUUUGUGACGAUUGAACCAAACGCGUUCAAAGGGCUAGCCAACUUGCGAUCGAUUGAUGUGUCAGGUGCGUCUCAACUGUCCGUUAUAAAAAAAGGUGUGUUCAACGACAACCUCAACCUAGAAACCAUAAACUUUAGUAGCAAUAAACAGCUAGCGACCAUUGAAAACGGUGCGUUUAUGGGGCUACCCAACCUCCGGAACCUGAUCAUGCGCAACAACGCAUUCACAUCGUUUGCCGAGGCGAUGGUCACAUGGCAAGAAUUGCAGCAGAUCGACUUGACCGAGAACCCACUGGUGUGCGAGUGUUCAGUGCUGUGGCUCAAGGAACUGCUGGCUCGCCGUAACACCAGCCACGUUAACUGCGCCAGCCCGGCACCACUCAAGGACAAGCCACUCAACUCACUUGGGUCCGACGACCUGUCAUGCGCCAAGUACUACACCAGGCAGCAGGCCAUCGUGGGUGCAGUUUUCGGGUGCACCGUAGCGUUCAUAGCGCUCAUGUUGCUGUUGGCGUACCGGUUCCGGAAGCGUCUGCACCAUUCAUUGAAGAAAACGUUCUGGAACAAGGAGACGGUAAACCGAAAGGACCUAGAGUACCAGAAGACGUUCUCAGACGAUGAAUUCAUCGUCCGGAACACAAACACGCAACAUCACACUGGUCCUCACGGACACCAACCACAACAACAACAACAGCAACAACAACAACACCAUCACCACCACCAGCCCCAACACCAUAACUCGCAGCAGCACAACCAGCACCACGGUGGCGUUCAGCAUCACAGUCAGCCACAGCAGCACAAGCAGCAGCAUCACCACCUCCAGAACUUUCAGCAGCACAUCCAGCAGCAGCAGCAUCAGCAUCAUAGCAACGACCAUCACAUGAUGAUGAUGAUGGCGCCGGCACCACCACCUCCACCCCCGCCACCACUGCAUCACGGUACUUACAGUCACCACAACCAACACCUUUACCAGCCACAGCAACCACGCCACCAGAACACAAUGCCGCACCGCAACGACAAGCCGAUACCGGUCACGGAACUGUAGCUAGAGCUUUUCGCCUCAACGCCAACGGGCGAGAGGCGAUACCAAGCCGCCGGAACAUCCGACGGUACUACUAAUGUCACCGGCUUUUCAUACAUUUCCGGCGAAAUCUCCAAAUACGGAGGCGGUGGCCAAACCUUGAACAACCGAUCUCUACCGCCGCCCGGUUACCGUGUUUACCACCCUCACUCUCUCCGUCGUUUUUGCGACUCUUAAGCCCAGCCACAAAUAAUACGCACUUGCCGACCCCGUUUUACUUGCCCCUCUGCCCCGAAGACCCCGAUCGCACCGAUAAAAAAUAAUCCGACGCACACGAUCCCCUCUCCAUCCUCCUCCCCAUCAUACAUCACCAUCCAGCCACUAUCCCGUAACCGGCUUAAGUGCUACGGAAGCUGUUGUCUCGAGUGUACUGGUGGCUGUAGGGCGGGGGAGAGGAUAAGAGGCCUUUGUAAACCAGUUACGCAUCUCAUCGAUCGCGUAACAUGUAAAGCACGCGCUAUGCCUCAUUGUGGGUAUGUGUCGGUGUAUAAUAUAUACCAUUUGAUGAAAAUUCGAAAGAGUAAAGACUGUAGUCGUUGUGUUUCAUGGGAUACGUUCAUGAUCGAGUCCGGAAAAAUAUUCAAUAUAGGAAAACCAACACCGUCGCGGCCACCGCUACCGUAUUACGCAUCAACAUGUAUCUGUGUUUGGAGAACGUUGGACACACAAAUUAUAGAUCUAGUCGUAGAGUAUUAGUUUAUAAAAAAAUUAAUGUUUUGUAAAAAAGAUAAAUUAAUCAUUUUUCUUGUUGUAUUCUGAUCAAACAUUCAUGUGAUCGACCCUUUGUACGAGUCAGACGUUCUUCAAUAAAUAAAUAAAGGUACUGUUGUUGUAAUCCAAAUCCGACGAUUUUUUUGUGCUAAUAAUGAUCAAUUUUAGAAAUCGUCAUUAUAUUAUGUGUAGCUCUCUACUUUUUAUAAAAAUUAUUAUUACUAUCAUAAUAUAAUAUAUGUUAUACAUUAAUAUUUAAAAUAACUUACUUAACAUAAUAAUUACUCUCUUUUUUAUAUAAUAUAUUAUAAUAUUCAAUACGGUUUCAUAGUGUAUUACGUCAUAAUAUUAUAAUGGUAUUUUUCUAAAAAAAAAAAAAGUAAAAAUAAAAUAAAAUUCAUUUUGAUUAUUAGUAGUGUUGUUAGGGUUGAAAAAAAUAUUAUUACGCAAUUAUUAUAAUACGUCUUUGUGCUUAUAUGGAAUGUUUUCAAUUAAGUAGCCUUACAAAAAAAAUACCCAUAACAAUGUUAUCUAAUGAAAAUCUGUUGCAUUUACCCGUAACGAAAUGCAUGGUAGACGACUACACACCGGUGUCGCAUGCACUGUGUCGAUAUGCAUUAUGUAUUUUCCUCACAUCACACGGCCAGAUUCCUGCUGAGUGACACGCUAUACUCUCCGCCGGAUAUAUUAUAUUAGCUAUUAUAUUAUUCUCUCUGCUAUCUGUGUCUAUAGUUGCCGUUUGAAAAAUGGAAAAAAAUAAAUGUUUAAAACGAUCUUUCACCGUUUAUUGGUAAAUUAAAUUAUUAUUAUUUUUUUUUUGGUUCGCUCGCUUUCCAAUAGAGGCUCAACGGCAAUCGAUGUCGGCGCGAUCCCGUUUCUACGCGGGUCUCACUUUCUUUUAUAAUUUAAUUUUUAUUUAUUAUUGUUCGAUAAUUGAUUUUUAUACAACGAUAUUAGUGUCAUUAUUUCUACUCGGCCACCUCCUUCCCAUCCCCACCAUUUCACACUUAUAAUAUUAAUCCCCUCGAUCGUAUACAGUCCGCUGCGGAGCGACGUGUUUACGAGUACUUCGAAUCUGUCCUCACUCAAGUGCAAUAAGAUUCCUAUACACACACACCCGGCAACGUCGUAGCACUGUGGACGCUGUUCAAAAAUCUUGUAGCCCCAACGGACGCGUUUGAAAAUGAUUAAACGGCCCCACUCGACCGUUGUUAUUUAUCGAUCGACAUACCCAUGUAAAUACAUCAACGGCUACUUCGUACAACGGUUUUAAACGAAACACAACAACCACACAACCGCAACCAACUACAGGUUUAUAGGUACUAUAAUAGUCGUAUAUAGUGACGGUUAUUAGAUGCCGUCUCGCAUCGAUUUUUCGGUCGUUUUUUUUUUUUUUUUUUAUUAAAGCGCGUUUAACGAUUCCAAACGGCCGAUACAACACGAUAAAACAAAAUAAUAUUAUGUAAACGAAUGGGUCGCGUAUAGCAUUAUAGUUUAACCACUGUUUUGUGCCAUAAAAAAAUAAAAAAAAACGUUAAAAUUGACUAUAAAGGCUCUGUGAUAAUGAUAUUUUUGCGUGUGCUUGUCAUUUCAACAGUAUAUAAUGAUGAUCAUUUUGAUUAAUCAUCUACGUGUCCCUCGACUACGCGUUCAAUUCCUACCUAGUAAUAUUACGUUCACGUAUAUUAUCUGACCUCUGCAGAAUUUUUACCUACUUUUAACUUGAAUUAAUUACACGUAAAUGUUGAAUUCAUUAUUAUUAUUUUUUUUUUUUAACGUGCAAAAAUAAUUAACAGCAACCCUCUUUCCAACACGUUUCUCUUCACACGUUUUUAUUUUUUUAUUUUUCGACUACUCACUACCUUCAGCGAAAAAUUUAACCACAAAGGCGCUCUAUUAUUCAUGGCUGUAUGAACUUCAUUAUCAGUCGUUAUCACUUUUUAUUUUCGUAAAGCUCUGCAUAAACCUCUUUUAUUUGUCGACACGUCAUAUUUGGAUUACAAUCAAUUUAUAAGAAAUUUACUUUAUUUUCGUUUCAACACAUUUCCCUGUCUAUUUUGAAGUUUACAAACACAAUUAAAAGUUAACGCUCAUUUUUGGUUAACAUUACACAUAGUAACAAAAGCGUUUUAGAGUAGAAGGCUCACAAAAGCAAUGGUGUAAAUUCGUUUGUCUAAUAUUCAAAUAUAAUCCAACAACAUAACAAUGCUUAAUUAUAUAUUUUAAUUUUUAACUAGUCAAUUGGGUUGUUAAUAUAAUACAUUGUUGGAAAGUUAAAAUAAACUAACAGCCCUUGAUGUUUUACACGAUAUGACUAAAAUUAGUACUUUUUUAUUUCUUUUUACCUGAAACAGUUACUAAUAAUCAUUCAUUGGUGUAAUUAUUUUUCUUAAAUUAAAAGUAACAUGAUUAUUACAGAGAAUAAUAGCCCCUUAUCUAUUGCCAUAAAUAAAUAGGUCAUACUAUAUAUAUAUAUACUUACGAGUGUAUAUCAUGUAAAUAAUAUAUGUAUAAUUGUAAGUGUGAAAAUAAGACCGAGCACAUUGCUUAAUUGUGUCAGUUAUCUUUAUUAACUAAUUUAUUGGUUUUUACCGCAUCAGGUCACGAUGCAUUAUUAUUAUAUAUUUAUUUAUUGUAUGAUAAUAAUAAUAAUAUUUUAUUAUAUUAAAACAAUCAUACAACACGCCCGACGGGUAAACGAACUCUCGUGUAAAAAAUUAGUAAUUUUUUUCAAUCCUACCUUCAUUCAAUACUAUAUAAUAUAAUAAUAUACUAUUCUUAUUAUAUUUACGUAAUUAUAAUAUUAUAUUGUUUACACAUUGUAAGUGAAAAUUUUGAUUUCUGUGUUUGUUUCGUAUUAUAUAUAUAUAUUACAUUAUUACCUAUAUUAUUAUUAUUAAUUAUUAUGUGUAUAAUAUAUAUUAUGUAAAAUGCAUAUCAUUUGUAUUUGAUUAGGCUAUAGUGUUGCGAGCGUAUAAUGACUCGAAUUAUUCAUUCGAGUUUUAACGUUGUAUUAUUUUGUACUUAUAUAAUAAUAUUAUAGUGUAUAAAAAAUGUAUAAUUGUGUACUGUACAGAAUGUUAAUUAUAUUUGAUGCUCAUAAAAAUA